AUGUGCAACACUUUGUUGCGGCUUAGACUUAAAAGCUUCUUAGCGCUCACAAGUCUCAGUUCUGAGGAAUCGGUGGAGAAGGCGCCUGAUCACAAAUUGGCUUCAAAACCUGCUAAGACCAGACUGGAACCGAAGGAGGCGCCAAAAGAACAACCACCGGAAGCUGGAUUUGAGUUUGCCAGAAGCUUGCCGGGCAGCCACUCUAGACACAUAGAAUCACAAGAGAGCGUUGUGGAUGAUCCAGUGGAACAUGACGACAUUGAAGAGGUUGUGGAACCUGCCGACCCCAAUCCGGAGUCGAAGGACCAGGUGACAGAUGGUCAUCACAAGGAGACAGCAGAAGUUGCGAAGGCAAAUCGUGAGCCAAUUGCGACUCCGUUUCCACCGGCUGAAUCUGUGGAGAAGGCGCCUGAUCACAUAUUGGCUUCAAAACCUGCUAAGACCAGACUGGAACCGAGGGAGACGCCAAAAGAACAACCACCGGAGCUUGCAGGAAGUUCUCUGGGCGACUCUAGACGCACACAGUUUGAAGAAAGCGCUGUGGAUGAUCCCAUGGAAAAUGGCGGCCUUGAAGAGGUUGUGGAACCUGCCGACCCCAAUCGGGUGCCGAAGGACCAGGUGACAGAUGGUCAUCACAAGGAGACAGCAGAAGUUGCGAAGGCAAAUCGUGAGCCAAUUGCGACUCCUUUUCCACCGGCUGAAUCGGUGGAGAAGGCGUUACCGACCUCACCAGCGAGCGGGAGCAUCUCUUUCCGAGCCGAAGCACAGGCAUUUUUUGGCACAGCGGCUGAAGUGCAUGAAGGCACGACCUUCCUGCCAGCGAACGCCUUGGGAAAGGAGGAGGAUGGAGACAUUUUCUUCACUCCUCGCAAGGUCCCAAACCGAAGGAUAUCCAGGAGUGUGAUUGGAUCUGCUGAAGAAUGGCACAGCUGCGAUUCCUCCGAAAGCAUGGAGGCUGACCGUGAGAAGAGGCGGAAGAACUCUACAGUGUCCAGCGACCAAGCAACGCCGCAGAACCGAAGCCGGAGCAAGACGCAAAGCCCAACCCCAUCGCCGUGGGCGAUAAGAACGGUGGCUGUGGACUUGCCAGAGGUGGUUUGUGAUGGAGUCACCAGCCCCGGCCGUGCCAUGCAACCUCGACACAGCAGUUGUCCACCAGAGAACGGAGCUGCAACUCGUGGGCCUUUCCACCUGCCGGGGCCAAUCCCAACACGACCAGAUCGGGGCCGUGCAGGGCAGCCAGCCGAACGGCCAGCGGAUCUGACGUCGCCCGGAUUGCGGCCCCCUGGGCCCUCUUCGCCCUCAACUGCAUCGCCCACCUCGCCCACCUCGCCGGCGCCAUCCCCAAAGACCUCAUCUUCAAAGCCCACAGACUCUCCGAAACCUGAGCCUGAUCUUUCCAAACAGCCCGACUCGCCGAAGCCAAGCUCGUCCCCGAAGGGAAAAGGUGCGCCGCCGAAAGGCAAAGGCAAAGAUGGAAAAGGUAAAGAUGCUGGCAAAGGCAAAGGCAAAGCAAAAGCUGAACCCAGGAAGCCCGACAUCAAACCUGGCGUCCAAGUGAAGCGACUGUUUUGGAACUCCUUCCGAGUGGAUAGUGGCCGCAACACAGUAUGGAAUGAGAUCGAUCUCGAAGGCGCUCCAAUCGACCUGAAGCAGCUGCAACAACUUGAGGAGCUCUUUUGCGAUGAGCCGGGGAAACGAUUUGCUUCACCCAGCCCAGAAGACCGCGAUCGCGUGAAGAAGAUUCAAGUGCUUGACACACAGCGACGGCGUCAGGUCUGUGUGAUGCUAGCACGAUUGCCCAACUCAUUGGAAGUGGCCCGGGCCUUGCAGUCGAUGGACUUCACUGCUUUGGACAGUGAACAGGUGGAGCUAUUACUCAUCAACUUGCCCUCGGACGAAGAAAUCAAAUUGCUGCAGCGAGCCAAAUCCGAACACACUAUUGACGAACUGCACGUUUGGGAUCAAGCGGAAGAAUUCCUGCUGACCUUCAUCGAGGUGCCUCAGUUUGAGUUGCGUCUCCGCGCUUGGCAUUUUCAAAAUGCCUUCGAAGAGCGUUUCCAAACCUUGGCUUCAGCCUUGCGUUGCGUCUCAGAGGGCUGCCAAUGUGUGCUGACCUCCACCUGCAUCCGACAUUUGCUGGGCAUCGUCCUCCAUGUCGGGAACUACUUGAAUGGUGGCACCCCUCGAGGGCGGGCGGACGGCUUUGCACUGGACACGUUGUUGCUGAUGCGAACCGUGAAGAUGUCACAAGAAAACAAAGCUGGCACUUUGGUUGACUACAUCGUUGCGCAAAUGGAGCGUGGUCACUCUGGUGAUUUGCAAAAGGUGUUUGCUCCGGGAGGCGAAUUCGAGCUGCUGAAGGCGGCCGCGCGGCACAAGGCGCAGGACCUCGCGGACGAGCUCCGCGCCUUCCGAGCCACCGCCGAUCAAGUCCACCAGAAGCUUUUUGGAGAUGAGUCUUUGAUUUCGUGCCGAGAGCUUUUGGAGUCGCGGCGAGAGAACCUGGCGGGUCUGGAAGACGAAUUGAAACUCAUGGAGUCAAACUACGAAGAGAUCGUCGUGUGGUUCUCCAUGGAGGACAAGGGCAUUCGCAAACCCACUGAUGAAUUCUUCGGAAUUUGGGCGAAGUUCUUGGCCGACGUCCAGAUGGCACGCAAGGCUUUUGAGGAGCAGGCAUUAAAGGAGAAGCGGAAGAACUCAAUGACUCGCCGCUUCUCGGUGAAGUUGGAGCGCAGCCGUCGCAGCUUGACUCCACGGAGGAGCGAGGUGCUGCCUUCACCAUCACGGCAAUGCUCUGAGGAUGCCAUGACAGAAGCCAUGACUGAAGAUGGCAGAGAAGAGCAGUAAGAAGAUGCCUUGAUCAGGUACCUGACACCGCUGGACAAAGCGGGCCAGCAGGGCGUGGGUCCAAAAUGGAUAUCCGUGAAGAAGCAUCAACUGGGUCCAAGGAUGCAUCUCGUUUCAUUUCGUGUUUGUUCAAGAAGGACCCGGACAUUUGAAUUCACAUGAUCUCUUGACGACAUCAAAUCUGUCAAGAUUUGCCUUUAGGUAAUAUGCCUCAGGAGAACCUAAUGCCAUAAGUUCAAGAAAAGCAAGGUUCUCUUGGGGCAUGCUUAAGAGAUUCCGAUCUCUCAUGACUAAAGAUUCUUGAGGGAUUCGUCUUAGAAAUUAAUGUACAUGACAUUUCGGCAAAUGCUCCAUCUUGCCUUCUGGAAACCGGUU